AAGAAUUAAAAAAAAAACGGGCAAUACUGAAAAACUUACCACAGCCUAACGGGAGUGUGUUCUGCAUGACAGUGCGUUACUUGCAUCCAAAUUUUGGUGUCAGUUGACCCGACUACGGCUGCGUGGACUGUUUCAAUUGGGAGUGCAUAGAAGACUGGAAUCAUCUUGAUGAGACUGUACAGACUGGGGAUGCAAACUGGGAUCCUGUGGCUGGUUACUUCAUGAUCACACCUGGUGAAAGAUGUACGAGAGUCAAAAGACCUGUCUAUGCAGUCUCGUCAAGAUAUAUUCGAGUUUGCAAUUUAUGUCUGUGAGUAAUACAAAAUUCUGCCCAGAGGUUCGUGGUUAUUGACAAAGAAUGGGCUUAUACAUGAUAUUCAUUUGGAUAUUUCUUAAUGGUGUUUGCAGACAUGUCAUUGAAGCUCAAGCUCCAGUUUUAUCAGCAAAUGCAUCUUCCGUUACUAAAGGACACCCAUUGAAAUUGGUAUGUACAUUAUCAGCCGAAACACUUUCAGUGACAUGGUUAAAGACAGACACAGGCACGACUACAGAACACACAAUUGUUACUGUCGGUUUAUCAGGUGGUUCAUGUGCAUCAGUUCCAAGUACUCCUCCAGAUGGGUUAGUGGUAACAUGCGGCAGUACAUUGGAUUAUGGAUGUACAAUCCCAUCUUUGAAUAUUUCUGAUGAUGGAGAUGUUUGGCGUUGUUCAGUUCCGAUUAAAGGGGUUACCACCUACAGCAACUCCCUGAGAAUAAAUGUCACAGAACCAGCACCAACACCAACAGAACCAGCACCAACACCAACAGAACCAGCACCAACACCAACAGAACCAGCACCAACACUAACAGAAGUUCAAGCUCCAGUUUUAUCAGCAAAUGCAUCUUCCGUUACUAAAGGACACCCAUUGAAAUUGGUUUGUACAUUAUCAGCCGAAACACUUUCAGUGACGUGGUAUAGGACAGACACAGGCAAGACAACAGAACAAACAAUUGUUACCGUCGGUUUAUCAGGUGGUUCAUGUAUAUCAGUCCCAAGUACUCCUCCAGAUGCUUUAGUGGUAACAUGCAGUACAUUGGAUUAUGGAUGUACAAUCCCAUCUUUGAAUAUUUCUGAUGAUGGAGAUGUUUGGCGUUGUUCAGUUCCGAUUAAAGGGGUCACCACCUACAGCAACUCCCUGAGAAUAAAUGUCACAGAACCAGCACCAACACCAACAGAACCAGCACCAACACCAACAGUAACAGUGCCAUCAGUUACUGGUGAGAAGCAUCUAGCUGUUGCAGUAACUUUGCUAGUUGUACAAAUAUGUGUGGUCCUCGGUGUAUUUGUUGUACUUCAUUGGAUACGAACACGACCUAGAGGAAUGAAUUUCGUUCUGUGGAGACCUUGGGUAGUUAUACAUGUUGGUGGAGUUAUUGAUCUGGUCGUUGUCUGUGUAUGUGGUGGGUACCAUGUAAAUAUCAACACUGGUGAUGGUGAUGGGGUACUCAUGACUACAGGUGUUAUUGUCGCAAUAAUCCUGACACUCAUUCUAGUUGUCGCAUUCGUAUUUUUGGUUACAAGAGCAACUAAAUGUUGUGGAUUUUACAAUACUAAGAAGGAAACAUCUCCUCUAUUAGAAAGAAAAGAGGUUCAUCAACAACUACUUUAGUGUGGUGGGCAACAAGGGUCAGAUAAAAGACGGUUCAGAUAGAAAGGUGAAAAUAAAUAAGAAGAAUGAUGAAGAGUUGAAAUAUAUAGUAUAAAAUCACCACAAUAGUAAUGUUAGGGAAACUAGUGGAUCCAAGUCUGAAUUCUGUGCUAUUAUUUGAUAUAAAUUGAAACUGUUUUUAAUACGAAAAAGAUGUAUCUUAUAUAACAAAAGACAUUUAUCAAAAUGUGAAAUUCAAUUGUUUUAUUCCAUUACAUGACAGAAGUAAACGGUCAUUAUUCUGGUAUGUGGUCAAAAAUGAGGUAAAUACCUUUUUUAUAACUAAAUAGUUUACUUGACCUCUGCAGUACUACACAUACACAGACUUAAAGAACCUAAAAAAAAUUAAAAGAAUGUGAAUAAUUUUCCAUUUGCAAUAUGAAAACUAGUCAUGUAGAUAUAAAUUUAAGCUCAUGUAUUGUACAAUUUAUGUCCAUGUUUUAAAUGGACUCUAAAUGGACGAAAUAUCAAAUGCCAUUAUCAUGAAAUGUUAUUGGUUUUUUCAGAGAUAAAAUCAUGUGUAUAAGCAUAAUAAGUAAUUAAAUUUCUCUGUCACAGCAAUGAUUGCAAAUUAUAUUAGGUUUAAGGAACUACCAAAGGUACUACUAAGAUAAAAGGAUUUACAAAGUGAAAGGUUAUCUGUGGACUGACAUGUACUUGUAAAAACAAAAUAAGGUCAAGUAUUGCCAAGUUAUGUGUUUCAAACUUGACAAUUUUAGUGCCAUACUGAAACAUAUUUAUAAGGUAAUGUUUAUGACAAGCAGAAAUGGGAAAAGGCUAUUACUUCUUAAUUGAUUAUAUAACGCGGGCAAUUUAUUAGUUUAUAUACACAAACUAUUUCCUUCCUACAUCUCAAGUACAUACAUAAAAUGUUGAGCCACUUUGUAUAACGGCUUGUGGAAUUACUGUGUGUGAUUUGUUCCAUUACAGAAUGGUAUCGAUUCUAAGAUACAAAUGUAAUUUUAUAUUGCAAUAUUUCCCUACAAAAUGUCUGAUAAGAUAAUUUUUAAAUUGAACGAAAGAGAUGAAUAGAAAAAUUAUUGUAAAUAUUAGUGUUUUGCCAUCUGGUUGUCAAAUUGGUAUCCAAGUGUGUAUUAUGUAUGAUUAAGUAGUUAUUAAGCAUAUACAGGCAUCAGUAAUUUUAAAUAAUGUUAGUUUAAACAUUAUAUAUGUUACAAAGAUUGUGAAGAAAGUUAUGAACACUUAUACUAAGUCAAAGUCGUUGGCACGAUAUUACGCGAGAGUGUGUCAUUGUAUUGUGGGGGAAACUGGAGUAGCCGGAGAAAACCCACUUGUCCGGCUUGAUGACCACUGACUAACUCACUAAAUUAUGUUGAUGUACAUCAAAAGAACUUUUCAUCAAGAUCAUAAUAAUCAUUUUAGUCAUCUUGUUGUAUGUCAGCACCUGACUGUGUUACGUUUGUUUAGUAGUAAUCUUAUUUUUCAUUGAGAUCGAUGUUAAUUUGAAGCUAGUCAAGUCAUUGUCUAGCCUUUAGCAGUGGUCGUCGGCAGCAACAUUGCACAAGAUUACAAAACGUUCAAGAUUCCCAAAAGAAACGGUACAGAUGCUGUCCGAAACAGAAUGCACAUGUCCACCAAGGUCCGUUUUAUAAACUUUGUUUUAUAAUGUUUUGAGUGUUGUCCCUUUUUCGCUUUACAAACUAUAUACGAGCGUGCCCUUUAGUGCCCUUUUAAACAUGGAUCUGUCUGAAAUUUUCUUGUUUUCAUCCACAUGAUCUUUGUGUGUUAUAUACUUAUAUCUUGAAGUACUUGAAAGUAUUGCAAAAUUUUAGCUUUAAGUAUCAUUUUAACGUGUUUAUGAUAUUAAUGGAUCAAAAUAUUAUGUAUAGAUUGUGUUGCAUAUUUGCGCCAGACUUUCUACAUACCUUAAGCCCUCUAGUUAUAUAUCAAGUCUUGUACAAAUCAGACUUAGUCUGUAGUCUCAGAUUAUUUUGAAACCCCAUAGUAUGUGGUUCAAGAAGAGUGUUUAAUACGUAAUGUAAGGGUGCCGAAUUUACAGUGACUGUUAUUAAAAAUCGAGGUUUAAUGCUCAUCAUUUUUUCUUGUGGGACUCAUAUUUAUAAUUGAAUCGUGCGUUGUGCGAUUCAUUGUUUUUUCCUCUAAAUAUAUAAGUUGAAAUAGUGACCAUUGGUUCCGAUGAUCUAUACGAAUAAUAAUUGCUUCACCUGCAUAUAUCCAAGAAUUCUGGCAAUGCAUAAAUGUUUGUUUUUUCUCAUUUAUUUUUCACAUAGAUACAUAUAUCAGUACAGUUUUAAAUUCUCAACAUAUACAACAUAUCUAUGUAUUUUAAUCGGAAAUACAUAUAUUCAGAAACAAUAUUGCCCUCACACAUGCACACGCACAAACACUUGCUCCCACACGCGCGCACACGCAUGCACACAUACACAUUUCAUACACACCCGAUCGUAUGAUGUUUAUACGAUCGGUGUCCCCUGUAUUCGAUUCCAUUAAUGUUUUUGUUUUUUAUAUUUUUUAAGUCUAAGAUUUCUUUGUAUGGCUAAUUGUGUCUUUUAUUAUUAAAUAUAUUGUAUGUUUAAGUACUUCCAAUUUAUUGUUGUGGGUUUCAAGUUUGUCAUUGUUCAACGCAAUUUGUUCUUCUAUUUUAAUCCGUAAUCUCAAAUAUAAUGCAUAUGUUAUGUAUAUGAACAGGAUGUAACUGUAUUCAUGUAAAUGGCUAUGUUGCUAAAAUUGCUUUACAACAAUAGAAUAGCUAAAAGACGGUAUAGUUAAUCGUUCAUUGUACAACAAUGGUAAGAGUACUUGUCUAUUAAUUUGAAUGCUGCUUAUGUCAAGAAAUCAUUUGCUUAUAGGGAGUCAUUGUUAUGUGAAACAAAUUAUGUUAUAUAUAGACUGUAAAUAUUUAUGGCUGCUAUAUCAUGUAUGAUUAUAAGUUGAAAGUUGACGGUUUAAGUUUGUUAAGAUGUUAAAGUGUAUUAGUGUUAUACAUGUUCUUCAUGCUUUAAUUGUGUGACAAUGGCAGUAUAAUCAGUUGCUUACAGCCUAAUGUAUAUAUCGGCAAUAAAUAAUUACAGCCUAAUGUAACUAGCAGGGAGUAGCAGCCAUAAAUAUUUACAGUCUAGGGCUUGACGAUAUAUAAAAACAACAUUUAAAUGUUUACCACUGCGAAUAGAAAAUGUAUUUUAAGUGUGAAAUGAUGUAUUUAAUCUUUUUAAAUAGCAUCAGUUGAAUUGUAGUAAACAUUGAUCACAAUGGUAUUUUAAAUGUUGUGUUGUAACCAAAGAUAGUGAUCAUGAAUAUAAUGACUCAGAAGUUUGAAACCAACAUUUAAUUACAACAAUAAUCAAUACAACAUACUUGGAGGGCUUGAUGCUAAGGGGUUGUAACUCAAUUAUACCAUUGAUGGAGUUACGCCAUUCUUCCGGGAAGCCCUCUGAGAGCACUUGACAAAAUUGAAACGCCCGAUCUUAAUAGUUCAGUCAUAGCUGGUAUAAACAUGCAUGUUUAAUAAGUAACAAAAUAGAUUCAUGAUGUUAUGCAUGGUUAAAACAGAAUGCCCAAAUAUGUUGUUUAUUACAAAGUUAUAUUAACUAAUACACUGUAUGCAUUGACAGAGCAUGUGCAAGAUGUUGUAUUCUCUGUUAAAUUGCAAUAUUUAUCAUAUUCAGGAAGUAAUUUGUAAUUUAGUAAACUAUGUAUUCAUUGUGUUGCAUUUGUUGUGCACUAUUAAAAGGCAAUAACUUUUUUUAGAAUGUUAAGGGAUUUUCCCACGGUUAACAACAUCAUUCAAUCCGAAUAAUGUAUGUCAAAUUAUUUGCAAGGUUUUCUGUUGGGUUGUUACAUAAACGUUUAAUGUUUGAUUUCAAUAUCAUUGAUUUACAGAGUUAUCGUUUUGGUACAAUUUUGGCAUGUAAUAAGCUCUUUAUCAAAAUACACGAUAAAGUAUGUUUCUAUCUAUCUAUUAAUGUUAUGCUCACCGGAGGGGCAUAUAGUGGCCGCUUUGUCAGACAGUCCGUUAUUCCGUCCAUCCGUCACACCCUUGUCCGGAGAUAACCAUAAUCAGGCCCAGCAUUUUAGUAACCUCCACUGAAACUCCAUUUAUCUGAUAGUGUUUAAAAAUUGUAGCUUGUCCGGGCCAUAUCGUGGUAAAUACUAAAGGGAUUGAAAUGAAACUUGAAAUAUAGAUAAAUGGCAAUAAGAAAAAGUGCAGUAUAUGAUAACUCUAGCCAUGCCCUGCAUAUUUUCUUGAUCUUCUCUUAAAAUCCUCCCCUUAACCAUGACAUUUCUCGAUGACGGAUGCUUGUCCGAACCUAUUAAAGGGAUCGAAUUGGAAUUUAAUAUUAGUUAGUAUCUUAAUCAUUGCUAUAAUAAUCAUACUGCUGUAUUGUUUAUUUUGAAUACUUUCAUAUUCUGUUUUAUUAGUUUGAAUGUUUCUUAAAUAAAAGUUUUCUUUGCCUUGA